AUGCCUGAGGCCGCGAAUGCCACACCAUCGUCGCUCGUCGACAGCAAGAUUGCGGCGCUGCUCGCUCGCGCGCUGGGGGGUAGUCCGGCAUCCGGUUCGCUGGGCGGGAGCGUCCUGGUCGGCGAUGGCCUCGUGGUGUGCCCUUCGACGCGCAGUUGCGACUCGUCGAGGCUAACCGAGUACUCGCGGCACGACCGGCCCGCCGUCCUCUUCCGCUCGCCGCUGCUUGGCGUCUCGCCGGCGCUGACACGCUGGCGCGACCCAGUCUACCUAGGCCGUGCGCUCGCCGCGCACGACUGCCUCGAGGUGGCUCACUCGCCCGCGUCGACCGUCGGAGGCUGCGUGCAUGGCGGUCGGCAGCUUUCCGCUCUGCUCGAGCGCAGCCGGCGUGCGCCCUGCCGGUGGCCGUCGCGGCACGACUACUCCUACCUCUUUCACGAAGCGAUGCCCGCCGGCGGCAUCCACAGCCUGCCGCUCUUGGCGAGGGACCUGCCCCUGCCGUCGCUCGCGCGGCUGGGAUCGCUCGCGGAGAGAGACCUCACCGUGGCUCGGCUCUAUGCGGGCGCCGCACUCACCGGGUCGUACCUUCAUUGGCACGCCGGCGCCCUCAACUACCUCGCGGCGGGUGCCAAGCUGUGGCUGGUCGCGCCGCGCUCGUCGAGCGGCGGCCCGCUCCGCCGGUUCACGUACGGCCGCGUCUCCAACAUGUCGACGCAUCGCUGGCUCCGCUCCGAGCUCCCGACGCUGCUUGCGGUGCCGCGCCUCGCGCUCUUUGUCCAGAGAGCGGGCGAGGCGGUCUACGUGCCGCCGUAUGCGCCGCACGCCGUCGUGAAUCUCGAGUACAAUGUCGGCGCGACUUUCACGCUGAAGGCUGCCGAGCCGUCUCUGCCGGUUUGGCUGCUCGCGAGCCUCUUCGGCGGGUGA